CGCUGGCUGCUGCUUUUCUGCUCCUGGAAGCGGCCGAGGGGGAAGCGGCGAGUCAACAUGGAGCUCUCGGCGGUGGGGGAGCGGGUGUUCGCGGCCGAAGCCCUGCUGAAGCGGCGCAUCCGGAAAGGCCGCAUGGAAUACCUCGUGAAGUGGAAGGGCUGGUCGCAGAAAUACAGCACCUGGGAGCCAGAAGAAAACAUCCUCGAUGCCCGGCUGCUCGCAGCCUUUGAGGAAAGGGAACGAGAGAUGGAACUCUAUGGCCCCAAAAAACGAGGACCCAAACCUAAAACCUUCCUUCUCAAGGUAGAGUGGCAGUGUCCAAUGGCCGACAGCGAUAUUGUCCAGUCACUUCAUGCAAAGCGGACCCUGAGGGCCCAGGCCAAGGCAAAAGCCAAAACCUACGAGUUCAGAAGUGACUCUGCACGGGGAAUCAGGAUCCCCUACCCAGGUCGCUCCCCGCAGGACUUGGCAUCCGCUUCCCGGGGCCGAGAGGGCCUUCGGAACAUGGGUCUGUCUCCUCCAGGGAGCAGCAGCAGCACCAGCAGCACCUGCCGCGCAGAACCCCCAAGGGACCGGGACCGGGAUCGUGACAGAGAGCGAGAGAGGGAACGGGAGCGAGAGCGAGAGCGGGAGCGGGAGCGGGAACGGAGCGCCAGCCGCAUGGAUGACAAACCCAGCUCUCCAGGGGACAGCUCUAAGAAACGAGGCCCCAAACCCCGCAAGGAGCUUCUAGACUCUUCGCAGAGGCCCUUGGGAGAGUCCAGUGAUGGCCUCGGAGAAUACCUGAAGGGCAGGAAGCUGGAUGACAUGCCUUCCGGGACCGGGAAGUUCCCAGCUGGCCACAGUGUGAUCCAGCUGGCUAGAAGGCAGGACUCGGACCUGCUGCAAUGUGGUCUGACCAGCCCUGGCGCAGCGGAGGCAGUGGGCAAGUUGGCUGUGGACACCUUCCCAGCCAGGGUCAUAAAGCACAGGGCUGCCUUUCUGGAGGCCAAAGGCCAGGGCGCCCUUGAUCCUGGUGGGCCACGGGUUCGGCAUGGGUCAGGCACCCCAGGCUCGGUGGGGAGCUUGUAUCGGGACAUGGGGGCUCAGGGGGGAAGGCCCUCCCUCAUCGCCAGAAUCCCAGUGGCCAGAAUCUUGGGGGACCCAGAGGAAGAGUCCUGGAGCCCCUCCCUGACUAACCUGGAGAAGGUGGUGGUCACCGACGUGACCUCAAACUUUCUGACCGUCACCAUUAAGGAAAGUAGCACGGACCAAGGCUUCUUUAAAGAGAAAAGAUGAACUGCCGGUGGGGGUCAGGGCGAGAGCAGGCGAGAGUGAGUGCAAACUUGCCGAGUGCUUUUAUUUUAUUUUUUUUUUUAUUUCUGGCUGGGAUGUGGCCGUUGCCUGGUCCUGUCCCUGAUUUCACACCCCUCUGCCCCUUUCCGCCCUCCUUCCUCCCUCUCAGUUUCGGUUGGAAAAUUAUCUCUAGAGUUAUAUUUUCUAUUAGAUGUAAAUAUGUUAUUUAAGAAAAAUAUCUAAAUAUAUAUAUAUUUCAGCUC